CUUUUUAAAGCGGACAGUGAUUUUAAAUUGGACCGACAAAUUGGUGGUGUUGUUAAAUCUAGCUUUUUGUUGAGUGGAGUUGUACCAUUCCAGGUAGGAGCCCAUUUCCUGGAGACGGUCGUGCGACUUUUCGACGACACGUACAAGCACCCGGGCGAGGGCAAAGAGUGCGACAACCUGGUCGCCGUCGUGGCGCACCUCUACAACUUCCAGGUGGUGCACUCGCUGCUCAUCUUCGACAUCCUGCGGCGCCUCUUGGCCGUCUUUGGAGAGAAGGACAUCGAGCUGUUGCUGUUCGUGCUGCGUAAUGUCGGCUUCUCGCUGCGGAAGGACGACCCCCUGGCCCUCAAGGAGCUCAUCGCUGAAGCCCAGCGCAUGGCGGCCGAAGUCGGGAAGAAAUUCCAGGACCAAACCAGACUAACUUCCUCUCACGUACCCCCUCUUCCGACCUGCGUGACCUCCGCGACCUCCGCGGCGGGAUCUCCUCACACCUUCUCGCCCCCGUGUUAUGAGCAAACCACUCAAACUGCGACCACCAACAACAACGCUUCCUCCUCGGCCCGACUGCAUCGGCCACGACAACUCUUUGUCCCUCUCAAAGAGCCGCGCUGGGAACGUUUGCUUUUCGCGCGUGAGCUCGUUAAGUUUCCUCUCAUUGGUUUUGACACUUUUUUUCUGUUUCCAUUUUCACAGAUCACCUUCCAGUUCAGCCUGUGGGAUAAAUUCCGGGAGCUUUCCAACCUUCCCGCCAGGACUUUUAACAAUUUGAUCCAGCUCGUGACCCUCUUCCUCCAGAAAAAGUGCUUCUCGCUCUCGCUGCUCAAAGUAAUCGAGUUCGGAGAGCUCGACAAGGCCAAGGUGCGUUUCCUGCGCCAAGUCCUGACUCGACUGCUCACAGACACCGAGCCCGAGGAUGUCAUCGGCAUUUUUUCAAGGAUUUCUGGAAUUCCCCAGCUGCGAAUGCUGCGCGAGGGCCUGAAGCUUUUCAUCAGCCACUUCCUGCUUAAGAGCGCCGCGCCGCAGGACGCCGCGCUAACGGAGCGCGCUCGCAUCGCCACCCAGGCCAUGGAGGCCAAAGAGGCCAAAGUCAAACUGUAACCCCCCGCCCCCUCAAAAAAAGGAAUGUCAUUUAAAUUUGAAAAAAAAAUUCCAUCCACAAUAACUUUUCUGUAGCGCUCGUCAUCAUCGGGGUUGCGGGUGAAGACUUCAUCUGUGCGAAUGGAAACGUCAAUUUUAUUUGUAUGCGUCAUACAUUUCGCUGUAGCUCCCGAAAGCUUUUCGGUGUGGUGUGAACAAGCGACGAGGUGUAUACAGUGGGAUCAAUGGGCUCACUGUGUGCGCUCCACACCCUGACCUUUGCGUGCCACUUUGUAGCCGGCAGCCUUUACCUGCCCCGUCGGGUCUGACCCCGGUCUGAACUCUUGAGCCGUCGCCGCGAAAGCAAACACGGGCGAGAAGAUAACGCAGGUGCUUCGCUCGAACAGCCUGUGACAAAACGAUUGAAUUGACUACAGCGGUAAGACUGGCGGCCAAGGCUUUUAUAUUUCCUGUGGAAGACGAAAAAUAACCCCAAAUGUUUUCAUGUUUGUCAUUUUUGUAAACUUAUUUUGAUUAAUGAAUGUGUAGGCUCUAAAAUGAGAUUUUAGGGCUGAUAUAAAAGUCUACACACCCUUGUU